GGGAGGAGGCACAACAUCUAGUAUAGUAUUCGCCCGCCUCGGUGACAUUGACUUCGGUAACAACGUCAUCGCGGGGCUCGAACGGCGACGUCACAACCUCCUGGCAAGUUGCAGCCAUGUUUUCCAAGGCCACUGCCAACUUUGUCCGUCAGGUUGACCCGGAGGGAAGCCUCAUCCACGUGUCCCGCAUGAAUGACUCUUCCAAGCUGCUUCCGAUGGCUCUGGUGGUCAAACGCAAGCGUGUCUGGUUCUGGCAGAGGCCCAAAUACCGGCCGACAGAUUUCAAGCUCAACGAUUUGUUGCUGGGCGAAAAGGGGCUUACGCCUGUUGUGUCCAAGAAAGAAUUUGUGACCUACAUGGGCAUUUUUGGAAACAAACUCGCUGGCAAGUUGGACACGGAAGCUGCUUCUGUCGGCGUAAAAGUCGAGGCUGUGGGCUCAUCUAAACUCCAAUCGGAUUUCGGCAUGCUGAAGAAAGAGGAAGUGGAUGUGAACAAGUUGUUACAGGACUCCAACAAGAGGCUGGUUGACAUGGAGCACGUGUUGGUGCAGCAGCUCGAGAAGCGAUCCGACAUCCUGGCCGUUGUCAAAGAGAGGAUCCUCACCACCGCCGCCUGCACUGUCACCCAGACCAAAAAGGAGCAGUGUGCCUUGCACGCCAUGGUGGGACUGUUGGGCAAGCUGGGGGCCAACGUUAAGGUCUGCAUCAAGGAGAGCAACGACAUAGAGGCGAACAUGGAUGUCUGUUUGGAAAUCCCGUCUGAUGUCGUCAUUGCGUAUAGCGUCCUGGAACUUAACAUUGAAAAAGACGGACACUUCAAGAUAUGCCUCCAGCCUGGACUAAUCGGAGGCUUUGAGGCCGACAAGGUGAGGUCGUGGUCCUCUCAAGACGAUAUAGACGUCGUGGACGGGAGGUGCUUUGAUGGGAAUAUUCUGGAAGAAUCACCGCAACAAAAUGGAGCUCCCGUGGAAGACCUCUCUCCACUAGCCGCGCUUCCCCCAUCAACUCGAUGGGCCUUGUAUUGCAAACUGCAAGAUAUCCUGAGGGACAGAGUGACUCUGUCGCAUCUGCAGUGUGCGCUUGAGGAAUUGUGCGUUGGCAGAACACCGGACACGACUCGGCAGGAGACGCUCCCAGACUCUGUCGAGAACGCUUCUCCUUCCUUGCAUGCUGUUCAUCUCUUGGUCACUGCCUUAGAAGAGCUCCCCGAUAAAACUUUGAGCCUCAUGUGUGACAGUCAGCCCGAGUUCAUAAAGGCCUUCAGCAUCCUGUUGAACAUGAUGAAGGAGAGCGGCCGUGCCCUCUCCCUCGAGUGUCUUCCUACUCCGAUGCGGGAAGAGCAAACUUUCCAGCAAGCAAAGAAGCUUCUCGGCUCCAUUGGCGUGACCAUCAGCGUAGACGGCGACCAGCUGUGGUGGGAGAAGGGAGUAAAAAGUCAAAUCCAAUUCUUGGUCCUCUGCCUCAGCGCGUAUGGAAUGUCCCUGCUGUGCAGUGGACAAAAACAGGAAUUAUUUUCCUGUGUGGUCUAGGUUCUCGCACUAUUGUAAAAGGUACCCGUACUCAGUAUUUGUGUUCUUGCAUUUACAGACUACAACAGUGUUUCCCAACCGUUAUUGAGUAUUAAUCCAAGACACAUAUUUUAUUUCAUAUUUUUCAGCAGUAACAUAUUUAUAAAUAUAUAUAUAUACACAGUAUGUACAACUGCGCCACGAGUAACAUAUAUAUAAAUAUAUAUAUAUAUGUACAACCGCGCCACGUACGUCAUCUGGAGCAGUUUAUAUUUAGAUUUAACUCAGAAGGUAUUGAUUAAUAUCUUGACAUUAUGCUACACGAAUAGCAGCUGGUGAAUACACAGGUUAACGGUCCUUUGCGCCAUCUUGUGGUGGAGCAUUUAAUACACCUGGCUGUCGCAAUAUGUCGCUGUCUGGCUUGGGUUGAUGAACAAAGUUACGUUUUUGUCGGCAAUGAUAAUUAUCAGACCACUUUUACCUGAUGAUUUCUCACAACACACUAAUGUGGCUGGGAAUCGCGGACUAUCAUGUUUAUUUAUAUGUAGAUAUAUAUUUUGAAUGGAAGAAAUUAUUGUAUUUCGAUAACGUGUCACUGUUAUUGUGGUAAACAUGAAGGAGGUCGGUCGUGAAAAAAUGUUUUUACAUCUAUUUUUAUUCAUCUUUUAUUGACUGAAAGAA